UUUACAUGUGUAAUGGUUUGAUAGCGGUGCGGCGGCUGGUUACUUUGCAGUGUUAAAAUCGUUUCGGUUUUUGCAUCGAAUUGUCGUUCGCUCGUUUCGUUCGUGCACACGCGUCUCGCCAAUACCUACCCCAUACACACCGUCUCGUUCUCGCGGCAGGCACACAACGUGAUUACAUGUUUCAAUAAGGAGAGACCUUUGGUACUCGUUUUAUUUGGACUAAACGUUUGGUAAGGAAGCUACAGCCAUCAUGUUGGAGUUGCAACAGCAGGAUAUCCCUAAGUUGAAGAGUGAACGUGCAGUGUCUAACAACACUGGUCAAGAAGAUGGAGGCAACAAUGGUAACAGCUAUGACCUUGUGUUUCCAGCUUUACCUGACUCAAAAACAUUGGUACCCAAGACUAUUGGGGUCAAUGGUCAAUGCGCAUCUUCAAAUGUACCACCUAAAGGAUGGAACAAAGUUCGGACUUCAACUGUCAAUAAUGUGUUCACUAUUUCUGUUCAAGACCGUAAAUCAGAUAAUAGUGAAAAAUUUGGAGAAGGUGAAUCUAAACGUAUUUGUAGUCAAAUUACAAGAGAAACUGGGGCUGAGAUUGAAAUUUCUACAUCAAAGAAUAUGAAUUUGACUUUUCUUGUAAGAGGUAAAGAGGAUCAUGUCACUGAAGCUAAACGCAGAAUUAUUGCAAGCUUUCAAACUCAAGCUACUAGUGCAGUUCCUGUUCCAAAGGAACAUCAUUGUCAAGUUAUGGGAAAACAAGGAACUCGUCGUAAGGAAAUUGAACAACGCACUGGUGCACGUAUUCAAAUGCCAAGCAUUCAAGAUACUUCAGAUAUUAUCAAUGUUACUGGAACUAGAGAUGCAGUGGAGAAAGCUGUUCAGGAAAUUCGCAUGAUUUCAGAUGAGUUGUCUAAAAAAGCGUUUGAAAGGAUUGAAAUCCCAAAAAUUUUCCAUCCCUUUAUUACUGGUGGUCACAACGAAAAACUCAAUAGCUUAAUGAAAGAAACUGGUGUUAAAAUCCAUGUUCCCCCGCCAUCUGUCAAUAGAGAUGAAAUUACAAUUGCUGGAGAUAAAGAAGGAGUUCAAUCAGCUAUUGAAAAGAUAAAACAGGUUUAUACAAAAAUGGAAAAAGAAUCAGCAACAGUGUUUGUUGAAAUACCAAAACAGAAACAUAAAUACUUAAUGGCACAAAAAGGAAAUGGUAUUCAAGAUAUAUUAUUGGAAACUAAUGUUAGUGUGGAAAUGCCUCAACAAGAUUCAGACAAAGAAACAGUUACUUUAAGAGGAUUAUAUAAGGAUUUAGGCACUGGAUUAACAAAGUUGUACGAAAAAGCUAACAGUAUGACUGCUGAAACUAUCGAGUGUCCAGGAUGGAUGCACAGAUUUUUGAUAGGAAAAAAUGGUUCUAAUUUACGAGAGUUGAUAGAAGAUAAUGAAAAGGUACACGUUGAAUUUUCUGAUGAUAACAAGAUAAUUGUGGAAGGACCAACAAAUAUGAUUCCUAAGGUAAUUGAUUCAUUAAAAAAAGCUAUUGAGUGCUAUGUUUCUACAGAACUUGUAGUUGACCCAAAGUUUUUCAAGCAUAUCAUUGGGAAGAAUGGAAGCAAUAUUAAUCGUGUUAAGAAUGAUACUGGUGUUAUAAUCAAUAUUUCUGAGUCUGACAAUAACUCUAACAUUAUUCGGAUCGAAGGACGAAAAGAUGGAGUAGAAUUAGCUAAAAGUGAAUUGGAAGAAAUGAUUUAUAAGUUGGAGAAUGAAGUUGAAAAAGAAAUAUCAAUUGACCAACGUCACCACCGUGCUAUAAUUGGAGUCAAAGGUGAAAAAGUUAGAGAACUUCAGGAAGCUUUCAACGUUCAAAUUACAUUUCCUAGUUCAGUUGAAGCUAGAAGUAAUUUAGUCAAAAUACGUGGUUUAAAUGAUGAUGUCAAUAAAGCAUUUAAGUCUUUAGCUAAAUUGGCCAAAGAAUUAGAUGAAGCCAACUACGUAUUAGAAAUUCCUGUUUUUAAACAAUUCCACAAGCUUGUUGUUGGAAAAGGAGGAGCUAAUAUUAAAAAGAUUAGAGAAGAAACUGAUACUAGAAUUGAUUUACCUCGCGAAGGUGAAGAUAGUGACACUAUCAAAGUCAUGGGUAAUAAAGAAAAGGUUUUAAUUGCUUGUGAUAUGAUAAAGAAAAUACAAAAUGAAAUGGGAGAUAUUGUCACAAAAGAAAUAGUGUUAGGAAAUGUUAAAGUACGCAAUGUUAUUGUGAAUCUCGGCAAUAAGUUUAUUCAAUCAAUCAAAGAAGAUUGUGGUGGUAAUGUGUCAUUAAAGUUGCCAGCUGUUAAAGGUGAUAAUACUAUAAUUAUCAAAGGACCUGAAGAUGAUGUAGACAGUGCUAUUACACAAAUUCAGACGAUGGUAGACGAAGUUCACAAUUCAGUUAUUGAUCUAAAAGUGAAGCCAGAAUUUCAUAAAUAUUUGAUUGGAAAAAAACGAGCUAAUGUUAAAAGAAUUCGAGAUUUGACAAACACAAGAAUUAUAUUCCCACCUGAAACUGAUUCGGUUAAUGAAAAUAUAACUAUUGUUGGUAAAAAAGAAAAUGUAGACAAGGCAAAAUCAGAAUUCGAAGUUAUGAUAACUGAUAUCAGUAAUGUUAUUGAAGACCGUGUAGAAAUAAAUGAAAAAUAUCAUAAAAGUUUUGUGGCUAAACGUGGAGAAUUUUUACAUAAAUUGGAAGAAGAAUGUGGUGGUGUAAAAAUAUCAUUCCCCAAACCUGGAGGUGGCGAUAAAGUUGUACUUAAAGGUAGUAAAGCAAAUGUUGCUAUUGCAAAGCAAAGACUUUUAGACCAUGCUAAAGUUUUGGAAAAUACAAUUCAAGUUGAAGUUAAUGUUGAUCCUAAGUAUCAUCGUCACUUUGUUGCAAGGCGUGGUGAAAUUAUUAAUAGAAUCAUUGAUGAUUGUAAUGGAGUAUCUAUAACAUUCCCUAAAUUAGCAUCUAAUGAUGAUGUUGUUAUAAUCAAGGGUGACAAAACUAAUGCUGAAGAAGCAAAACGCAAAAUUGAAGAAAUUGUUAAGGAUUUGGAAAAUAUUAUUGAAAUUACUAUGAGUGUUCCUCCCAAACAUCAUCGACAUUUUGUUGCUCGUCGUGCUGAAGUUAUUAAUCAAAUUAGUGCAGAAUAUAAUGGAGUUACAGUAACAUUCCCACAAGUGAAUUCCAAUUCUAGUGAAGUUUUGAUAAAAGGUCACAAAGAUUUUGUUGAAAAAGUCAAAAAUAAAAUCAAUAAUAUAGUCAUUGACUUGGAACAACGUAUCACCGUUGAAGUAAUCAUACCUCAAAGGAUGCAUAGAGUUUUAAUGAGAAAUCGAGAUUUGUUGGAAGGCAUGAGACGAGAUUUAGAUGUUUGGAUUAAGUUUCCCGAAAGACCCCCAGAAGACCAGUAUAAUCGCGAACAAGAAGAUGUUAAUGUUGUUGAAGAAACUGAUGAAAAUCGUGCUCCUAGUGUAAAUGACAUAGUUACAAUCUUUGGAAAACCUGAAAAUUGUGAAAGUGCUAAACAAAUAUUAAUUGACAAUAUACCAAAAACUAUUGAUUUAAAUGUACCAUCAGAAUAUCAUAGAUCAUUGAUUGGUUCUAAAGGUGCCACAAUCCGGAAGCUUAGCGAUGAUUAUAAUGUCCAGAUUAAAGUUCCAAACCAAGAACAAAAUGCUGAUAUUAUUAAGAUUACUGGUGUGCAAAAAGAUAUUGAUGAAGUAGUCGCAGCCAUUAAAGAAGAAAUGCGGUUAUAUGAUGCUGAUAAAGAAGAUAGACAAUUGCGUUCAUAUGAAAUUCAGAUGACUAUUGAACCAGAAUUCCAUCCCAUGAUAAUUGGUAAAAAAGGAGACACUGUCCGUAACUUACGUAACAAAUAUGGUGUUCAAGUUAAUCUGCCUAGAAGAGGUGAAGGAAACAAUGAAAACAUAGUGACAGUUGUGGGUUACCAACAAAGUGCUGAAUCAGCGAGGGACGAAAUUCAAGAAAUGGUUGAUAAACUUAAAAAUGUUUACAAGGAAGAGAUUUACAUUGAUAGUAGAAUUCAUUCAAGAUUGAUCGGUUUUCGAGGACGUAAUAUUUCACAAAUUAUGGAUAAAUAUCAUGUAGAUAUAAGAUUUUCAAAAUCUGACAGUUCUAAUCCAGAUUUGGUAGUUGUAUAUGCCCGUGAGGAUGCUACCCAGGAUGAUGUUUUGGAUUGUAUGGAUUAUUUAGAAAUGAUUCAACAAGACUAUUUGGAUGACUUGGUAGAAAAUGAAGCAAAAGCAAGCUUUAAACCAAAAACUGAGAGCCAAUCCGUUCCCAAUGGUAAUCAUAACUCACAAGGUGCUGGAUUUGUUAUGGGUAAUGCACCGUGGGAAAAAGCUCAUCCAGAUACAAAUAGUACCAGAGAUUUUCCAUCAUUUGCGGGUAUCGCGACGUCUGCUAAUAAUGCUGGGUCUGACAAGACCAAUCUUCCAAGUUGGGGAAGUGGGCGUCGUUAAUUACUCUCAAUUGAUUUAUAAAAUUAUUGUUUCCAAUAAUUAAAUAUUUUUUGCGAUUUCAUUUAAAAAAUAUAUAUAGUGUCCGGUUGCCACUAAACUGAAUUUCUCCCGAGUAAUUAAAUUACAAUAUAAUUAUAUUUUAAGAAUAGAAUAUGUUUAGAAAAAAUGUGUUAUUUAAUAGAAAACAAGAAAAAAAUACAUAUAUAUUUAUUUAUAUAUAUUUAUUUUUUUUGUAACAUUAGGUGGAAAAAAAUUCUAUAUUUUCCAGGCUGUGAAGAAAAAUUGCUGUAUAAAAUUAUAGAUUGUAACCAUUUGGGUCUCAUUUUUUCUUGUGUCCGCUAUGUUUUUUUUAACAGAUUAUUAUACUAAAUAAAAUGUUUUUAUAUCA